AUGGGCUCAACUGUGAUAGCUAUUCCCGAUGGAGAGGCUGUUGCUCCAGUUGCCAAAGAUAAGAAGAAGUUUCAAGAAUCUCUUCGUCCUGUAAUUUCCUUCCUUAGGGAAAAGAAAAAUAAACAUGAUAAGGAAAAAGUCAUUCAUAGUAUCAAAGUUGGUAUUGCUCUUGUUCUGGUUUCUCUACUCUAUCUCCUUGAUCCUCUCUACGAGCAAGUUGGAGAGAACGCCAUGUGGGCUAUAAUGACUGUUGUUGUCGUCUUUGAGUUCUUCGCAGGUGCGACACUAAGCAAAGGCUUAAAUCGUGGAUUGGGAACUAUCUUAGGAGGUGGACUGGGAUAUUUAGCAGCAGCUUUUGCUCAUGAAGUUGGUGGAGUUGGCAACGCCGUUGUAGUUGGCACUUUUGUAUUCAUAUUUGGUGCAGCAGCAACAUACUCCCGAUUGGUUCCAAGAAUAAAGAAAAGAUAUGACUAUGGAGCAACGAUUUUCAUCCUAACCUUCAAUUUGGUAGUGGUCUCCGCUAUACGAGUUGAUGAAGUCCUAAAAUUAGCUCGUGAACGUCUUACAACAAUUGUUAUGGGCUUUUCUGCCUGCAUUUUCACAAGCUUACUCGUUUUCCCCAUCUGGGCUAGUGAUGAACUUCAUGACUCAGUAGCAUCCAAAUUUGAAGACCUUGCUAGUUCUAUUGAAGGAUGCUUCAAGGUGUACUUCAGAUUAGUAAAUGAGAAGGAGAACCAACCCAGUUUUACUUUCAGCUGUUGCAAAUCAGUGCUCUAUUCAAAGUCAGAGGAGUCGUCACUGGCCAAUUUUGCAAGAUGGGAACCAUGGCAUGGGAAAUUCGGGUUUUCCUACCCUUGGGGAAAAUAUCUUAAGAUUGGAGAAAAUCUUAGGGAUGUCGCUGCAACAAUCCUUUCAUUUAAAGGAUGUCUUCAAUCUGACAGACAGACCACACAAACUCCAAGAGAACUAAUCAAAGAACAGUGUGAAGAUGUUGGGUCAUCCCUUGCACGGACCCUAAGAGAGCUUGGAGAUAGCAUUAAGAAAAUGAGAAGAUACCAAACAGUUACUUCAAUAAUGCCAGAGUUGAAAUCAAUGAGACAAGAGCUAAGUCUCGUCAUGUCUCCUUCUAUACUGGGACAACUGGAGAAUGCUGAUAGACUUGAAAUAGCAAGUUUUUUGUUCACAUUGACGGUGAUGGUAGACCAGGUGGAAGAAUUAACAAAGGAGGUCCAAGAACUUGGGGAACUUGCUCGUUUCCAUGUUUAA